AUGGACGAGACGUUCAAGUCGUUAGUGAACGCUCUGCUGAAGACAUCGGUAACGGAUCAGUCGUUUGAGUCGAUGACCACUCGCGAGAAACAGAUCCAUCAACUGCUGAGACACCGCAAGUGUCCGCUCGACGGCUGGGAUGAGUCGGCCAUCGAGUUGUUGGUCAACCGAUUGGCACUAAUGGACAGCAAUAACUUUGUCCACAAUUACGGUUUGGGCGAAAGAGAGGCCCGAUUUGCCUCACCUUUGGUCGCCCGAAGACACUAUCGUUUGGGUCACGGAAUCGGACGCUCCGGUGAUAUAUGCGAACUCCAGCCCAAAGCCAUCGGUUCCAGUCUUCUCAAUGUCCUCACAAAUAGUCUAUUGCUUGAUGUGAUACAAAGUGUUGGAGUGGCCAACACUCGGGCCUGUUUUGUGGUGCCGAUGGCCACCGGCAUGAGUCUUGUCCUCUGUUUGCUGACCAUAAGGCAGAGCCGACCGAACGCUAAGUUUGUCAUUUGGCCGCGAAUUGACCAGAAGUCGUGCUUCAAAUGCAUUCUCACCGCUGGCUUCACACCCGUUAUAAUUGACAAUAAAAUAUUAGACAAUAAUUCACUGGAAACUGAUGUCGAGGCCAUCGAAGAGAAGAUCAAGGAAUUGGGAAACGAGAAUAUUGUGUGCAUUCUGUCGACCACUUCUUGUUUCGCUCCGAGAAAUGCAGACAAUUUGGAGAUAAUCUCAAAGUUAUGUUUACAGCAAUCGAUACCCCAUUUGGUGAACAACGCCUACGGAAUACAGUCUUCAAAAUGUAUGCAUCUGUUGGAGACGUCCUCAAGAGUGGGACGAAUUGAUGCCUUCGUUCAGAGCACUGACAAGAACUUUAUGGUUCCCGUCGGCGGGUCUAUAAUCGCAGGCUUUGACACUCAUUUUAUUAAUGAAAUCAGCAGUACAUACGCCGGCCGCGGGUCCAGCACUCCAUCGCUCGACCUAUUGAUUACUUUAUUACAUCUGGGAAUCAAUGGAUAUAAAACGUUACUAAAAGAGCGCAAAGAUAACUAUAAUUAUCUUAAGGAACAAAUGAAGAUAAUUGCCAAUAAAUUUAACGCUAAUGUGAUUGAGAAUAAAUCAAAUCAGAUAUCGAUUGCAAUGACUCUUAAUAUGUUUAGCAACUCAUCGAUCAAAGAGACGGAAUUGGGUUCAAUGCUAUUCAAGAGAUCUAUAUCUGGCGCCAGAGUUGUGGCCAUCGAUGGCAAGACAAAGACUAUCGGCAAAUACGAGUUCAAGAACUGGGGCUCUCAUACAAACUCUUACAAUGAUUCCUAUAUAACGGCCGCCGCAGCCAUUGAAACGCAAGUAAAGAAAGAUGUAUCGGAUGUGUACAACAUAUACACCACUCAAGCGUUUUACGUUCAAAUACCUACGGAUGCGUUGAGCAAAUCUCUGGCACCAAUAGAUGCCAUUGAAUUCAUACCAUCCAUACUGGGAAUGCCUGAUCUGCCCGUUUGGAUGCAAUACAAACACGUGAAUCACAGCCAAAAGGCAUACCUCUACGGCUCACCCGCUCUCGACGACGACCGCGACAUCGAAAUAGAAGUCAUUUCUAUAAAUCAAUUCAAUUACGAAACCCAUAAACAAGUGAUGAAAUUUCGUGUCACUAAAAGAGAAAAGAUUUGCUCAACGCAUCCGUAG